UUUCUUGCUGUAGGAAAAAUAGACACUUACACUGACAGCUAAAAAUAUUUAAAAAGAAAAAGCAAACAAGCAGUGGGUGGUCAGUUGGAUUACUUGCUUAGAAUUCUUUUUUUUUUUUUCUUGUUCAGUAUGGAGUUGGUUGAAGAGAAGGAUGAGAGGUUGGAGCUGGUACAUGUGGCUCUCCACCAGCUCUUGGAGGAGAGGAAGAGCACAGUAAAGGGCAAAGAAGAAGAGGAAGAGGAAGACCUCCUCCUCUCCAGAUUGCUCUCCCAGUUGGAAUCCCUGCAGAAAGAUGCCAACAACACCCAAUUGCCUGCAGAUUCACACAAUAAGGAAGAGCCAUCAUCCUCCUCAUCAUCGAAGAAUGAUGAUUGCAGCAUCGAUAAGGUGGGGAUGGAUGAGGUAGUGAGGGAGCUAAGGAGGGUGAGGAGGCAAAAUUUUAUUACUCAUUGCCUGCUUUCUGUCAUGAUCAUUAUCACUGCCUAUUGGCAGUUCAAUGAGGUCUCCCUCUUGCUCGCCAUCAAGGAGAAAUUAAGCCAUCCACUAAGAGCUGUUGGAGAUAUGAUCAAAGGAUCAUUCAAGGGCCGAGCCAAGAAGCCACAUAGUGAAGCACCCUCUCUCCAUCCAAUCAGUGUUCCGGAGAUCACCCAUGUUGAUCUACCAUCCAUAACUCUAAACAACAAUGCUUCUCAUGCUACUUGAUGAAUGAAUUGUGUGAGAUGUCGCAUCGCUUCUCAUGCUAUUGGAGAUCAAUUGGACAUUCAUUUGAACAUACCAUAUCUGUGAUCCUUCUGUAGUUGAUCUGCAAACUACUUUCAAGAGGUUUCUAAGGUACAAAUAUAUGAAGUCUUUGGUUGAUUCAUAUUCUUGAAAAUAUACUAAUUGCUUAUGCUGUAAA